AUGGAAAACGGAUCACCAGCUUCUACCACAAUGAAAAAAAGGGAAAUAAAUGGUAGAAAGGGGUAUAUUAUCUACAUAUGCUGCUGCAGCCAGAUACAACAUCCCAAGAAGAACCCUACGCAACCAUCAAGAGAGUGGUUCGACUACACGAAAGCUACGAGGCAGGAAGUUCUGACAGCCAAAGGGAGAAAGAGAGUUCAUCAAAUAGCAAAUGAGCAUCCUGAAAGUGUGACUGUGGUAGGCUGCGGAAAUGCUAUAGGAUCAGCUAUUCCGCCAAUGAUACUGGUCAAAGGCAAGAGACUAAAGCCAGAAUUCCAAGAUAAUUUACCUCCAGGCUCUCUGGUGAAGAUGACGCCAAAAGGAAGUAUGACGACAGAAACUUUCAUAGGUUUUAUUAAUCAUUUGCAUAAAUACAGAACAUCAGGGCCAUGUCUCCUCAUAUGUGAUGGUGCAAAAUGCCACCUGGACUUUACUAUUGUCGAGGAAGCUGAGAAAUGUGGCAUUACUUUAUAUUGUCUUCCGUCAAAUACCACGCAUGAAUUACAGCCCAUGGAUAAAUCUGUUUAUCGUUCUUUUGAGCACCAUUGGGACCAAGAGUUGAUUAAAUACGUCAGUCAGCAUCCCGAACGAACCCUUAACAAGACAAGCUUCAAUGUCAUUCUCUCCCAAGUAUGGCCGAAAUGUAUGACUAUUACCAAUAUCUCGAAUGGGUUUCGCGCUACAGGGUUGUAUCCAUAUAACCCAGAUGCUAUUCCUGAAGAGGCGUUUGCGUCCUCUGCGUUGUCAGAACUUUCAAAUCCUACAAACAGUGAGAAUAUUGCUGUCUUAUCUCAUGAAUCGGGGGAACAAGAGAUUUCAUCUGCAAAUGUGGAAGAUUCAGAUGGGUCAGGCACACAUACUGAGAAUUUGCCACUGUCCUUGCUCUCAAAAAACAAUCCGAAUGCUGGAACUCCACAUAAGAUAGACAAUCAAUCAACCACGUGUGAGAUUCAUGAAUUUUUACCAACUCCUAAGUUUAAAGUUAAAGCGACUGCUCCACGCAAGAAGUCUCUGAAUUACCGGGCUCAAGAGGUAACAAAAGAUUUGUUUGGUGACAAUGCUACGAAUUCCACAUCACAGAUUACUACUGUACCAUCGUCAAGAGUAGAAGAUGUUCGUGGUACUUCUUCCAUGAUAAAGAUUAACACAAAGAGACCAAAAUCAGCCUGCAACGCGAAAGCAAACCUCAGUAAAGACUGCUUCUUUGACAGCAGAUAA